AUGACAACGGGUAGUGAGAGCAGCUGCACCUGCCUCAUCUGGAAGGUCCUCUCCAUUACAGGUGACUCCACUCAUCCCUUCAGCAGCGUCUUCAGUUUGCUGCCAUCAGGAAGGAUACUGAAGAGCCUCCGGGCCAGAACACACAGACUGAGAGACAGCUUCGUCCAUCGGGCUGUCAGGAUGCUGACCAUCUCUGAAUCGAGAAGGGGGGCCCAAGGCAGCGUGUUGAUCUUUUUGACAAACGCACCGGAGCGUCAGCUUCAAGCGGACCAUCACUACCUCUCACAUCUAAAGGACCAACAUGGAGCGAGAAGUCAGCGCUCUCAGGAGGCCGACAAACCUCACAGAAGAAAGAGAGAGAAAACAUACACCUGUGACGAGUGUGGGAAGGGUUUUACUGGGAAGGCAAAACUAAAACAGCAUCAGGUCAUCCACACUGGAGAGAGACCGUUCAGCUGUGACUUGUGUGGAAAGUCUUUUUCCUGGAAGCGUUCCCUAAAACAACACCAACUCAUCCACAGUGGAGUUAAAGCGUACAGCUGUGAUCAAUGUGGCAGAGCUUUUACUCACAGUAGCCACUUACAGAGUCAUCUAGUUACCCACUCUGGAAUUAAGGCAUACAGCUGUGACGAGUGUGGGAAGGAUUUUACUGGGAAGGCUGAACUAAAAUGUCAUCAGGUCAUCCACACUGGAGAGAGACCGUUCAGCUGUGACUUGUGUGGAAAGUCUUUUUCCUUGAAGGGUUCCCUAAAAAGACACCAACUCAUCCACAGUGGAGUUAAAGCGUACAGCUGUGAUCAGUGUGGCAGAGCUUUUACUCAAAGUAGCAGCUUACAGAGUCAUCUAGUUACCCACUCUGGAAUUAAGGCAUACAGCUGUGACAUUUGUGGAAAAACUUUCAGCCAGAGACGGAACCGAAAUACACACCUACACAUUCACAUCAGACAUGAUGUGUACUGCUGUGAACAGUGUGGCAAAUACUUUGCUACAGACGCAAACUUACAACAACACAUGUUUACCCACACUGAGGAGAGACCUUAUAAAUGUGACCUGUGUGAGAAGACUUUUAAAUCUCCACAUUACCUGAGACGACACCAACAGAUCCACACCAGAAAGAGACUCUACAAGUGCAGUUACUGUGAGAAGCAGAGCGACACAGAUGGAUCCAGUUCUCAACCCUGUCAUCACUGUGGUGGUGGGAAAGACUUUCAUUGUGACCUCUGUGGAAAAAGUUUCAGUUUGCAAGUUACCCUAAAAAGACAUCAACGUAGACACACUGGAGACAAACUGAAAUACUGCAAAGAAUGUGGGAGAAGCUUCACCACAUCAACUGAGGUAAAACGACAUGAACUGAUUCACAGUGGGGUUAAAAAGCACGUCUGUGAUCAGUGUGGGUCAUCCUUCACCACGGCAGGUCAGCUUAAAACACACAAACGAGUCCACACAGGAGAGAAACCAUACAAGUGCAGACACUGUGACAAAAGCUUCUUACAAUCAAGUCAUCGUAACAAGCAUGAACGUACACACAUGGAAGGAAACUACAGCUGUGACCAGUGUGACAAGAGCUUCAGGAAUCUCAGUUCAUACUCCAAACACAAACGAUCCCACGUUACUAAUAAACUGUUUCACUGUUACCAAUGGAAAAGAUACGGAGCAGGAGGUUGGAGAGAAGGAGCCUGCGGGAUUAAGCUCUCGGAGGAGAAAACACACUCGGAUAAUCACUUUGGAAACUCACCUGCGCACCACUGGGAGUUUGGAGAAGAUCACCAGCUCCGCGACUGGGUCCAUAUUUUCCCAUCACCCGUGACAGAACAAUCCAGCCAGCAAUGGACUCAGCGGGCUCAACUCCCGUCCAGCGCGAGCUCGCGCUUCAAGCUGAACGGUUGGAACGACAUGAAAAGAUGCUGCAGCAUGUUGCCGAGGAGCAGUCCGCGCUACUACAGGUGGUAUCUGAACUGA